ACGUGCUACGCGUAUUGGUUGUGCUGAUCUUCAACUUAGCUAUUGGCCUGCAUGAGAUUGACUGGUGAUGCCAUUUUGGAGAAAUAGAACGUCGUAGCGCGGGAGUGGGGAACCAGAGCACAACGAGAAUAACGGGUCAAUCAGCGUCCAUGCCGGACACUAUCCAACAUUAGCUUCAUUCCGUUUUCAAGCAUCGAAAAAGCCGUUGUCGCGUCUUUCCAAUUUCUACACUUCUGACAGCAGCUCAUUCUGUGACAGCAUUUGACCAAAGUGCUACGGAUACACAAUGGAUGCCCAAGAAGAGCCCGAGAACAACCACCUGGUCACUUCAGAGGACCAGGACCAUCCAGCCAACCUCAUUCCUUCGCUGUGUGCCAAGUUCUGGAACCUGGGGUGGGUUACCGGAACAGGAGGCGGAUGUUCCAUUCGAGACGGGGAUUUGGUGUACAUCGCGCCCUCGGGCGUGCAAAAGGAGUUGAUGAAAGCAGAAGACCUCUACGUCCUCUCGCUCCAACACCAACAGCCCGACCUCAAGAACAGAACGUACCUGCGCUCACCACCCCACGGCAAGCCCUCGCAAUGCACGCCGCUAUUCCUCGCGGCCUUCACGCGGCGCGGGGCCGGUUGCUGCAUCCACACGCACUCGCAAUGGGCGGUGCUCGUGACGCUGCUUCUCGAGGCGCAAGGGCCAGGGCGCGACAAGGUCUUUGAGAUCAACAAUAUCGAGCAGAUCAAGGGCUUCGGCCGCGGCUUCCUGAAGUCGGGGAACCUGGGGUACCACGACACGCUGCGCAUCCCCGUCAUCGAGAACACGGCGCACGAGGAGGACCUCACCGAGUUCAUGGAGGAGGCCAUGGAGAAGCACCCGGACACGUAUGCCGUGCUGGUCCGGAGACAUGGUGUUUAUGUGUGGGGGGAUAGUGUGCACAAGGCGAAGACGAUGUGCGAGAGCCUCGACUACCUAUUUCAAUUGGCGGUGCAAAUGAAACAUCUCGGUCUGCCCUGGUUAAGUGACGUUGCGGAGACGCUGCCAAGUCACAAAAAGUGAAUAAUUAAAUAGAGGUAAGACUGGACAAUCAGGCAGCGGACUUGGAAUUGAAAUAUUAGCCUGAGAUAUUUCAAAACUUCAAUGAAAAAUCUUGAAUAUCGCCGAUAAAAGAUCGCAUUUCAUUUAGCUGCUUUUAAGCUGACAUGCAAUCUCGUACGAUCCGACCACAGCCCCCAACCUCCCAAGAUCACAAUGCA